AAAGAAAGAAAGAGACAAAGGUGAGAAAGUUUCUCAAACCUCCAUGAUCUAAAUUCUUUCAACAACAUGACUUGAGUUUCCUCCACUUAAUCCCUCUUGAGAGAGUAGUAUAGAACUCGAAUUAGAGAUAGAGAGAGAGACAUGAACCCAGGUGUAUUGCAGCAAAUGAAUAUGGCUGCAGCUGGAGAAAACCCUAACUUGUACACCAUGAGGCCGCCACCACAAACUCCACAAACACCUCCAUAUAAUUUUCCACCUCCUAAUCUCUUCCCUUCUUCACUACUUCUUCCAAUCAAUCCCUCUUGGCUUGAUCAUCAUCAACAACUUCCUCAGUCUUGGAGUCAACUACUCUUGGAAGGAGUAGUGGCUGAAGAAGAUAAGGCAAGUUUGAAUCAUUUUUUUCUAGCUAAUAACAAGAAAUUGGAGGUUUGGGAGGAGGACCAAGACUUGUUGCAUAAGGUCUCUAGUGUUGAUGUGAAACAAGAAAUCUAUGGCCAUGCAAAUCAUCCAGAAUAUUUUCAAGCAAUAACAAAACCUCCCAAGUCAUGUGUUACAACAAAUAACAUGUUGGAUUUUUCAAGUAAAAAGUUCGAUCGACGGCAUCCGCCAUCAGAUCGAUCUUCUUCUGAGUGUAACAGCACUAGUGCAACAAGUGGGGCAGCUAAGAAAGCUAGGGUUGAACCUUCUUCAACCCAAUCUCCAUUGAAGGUGCGAAAAGAAAAAUUAGGGGACAGAAUCACAACUCUUCACCAGAUAGUUUCUCCAUUUGGAAAGACUGAUACAGCCUCUGUCUUGUUAGAAGCUAUUGGAUAUAUCAGAUUCCUUCAGAGUCAAAUUGAGGCCCUUAGCUUACCAUACUUGGGUAGUGCAUCUGGAAAUAAUAAUAAUAUUAUGAGACACCACCACCAACAAAACUCAGUUCAAGGGGAGAGGAAUUGUAUAUUUCCUGAAGACCCUGGUCAGCUGUUGAAUGAAAACGUCAUGAAGAGGAAACUUGGAGCUCCUGAACAGGAUUCUAUUAAUGAAGAAGCUAAAAAGGACCUGAGGAGUAGAGGCUUGUGCUUGGUUCCUGUGUCAUGCACACUUCAAGUUGGAAGUGACAAUGGGGCAGAUUACUGGGCUCCGGCCUUCGGUGGAGGAUUCCGAUAGACUGGAUUUUCUGAUUGCAGCGCGCAUGCUUAAUUGAUACUUAUCGAUUAUGAUUAUGGAGCUUCAUCAAAUUAACGUUAUAACAUCAUGAGCAGUCACUCUGCUAAAAUUCAAGGCUGAUUGCUCAUGAUGCUAUACAAUUUACAUAUAUUUGUGUGUGCAUGUUGCUGGCUAGUUAUGGCUCUCUCUAUGUGGUGGACUUCAAAUUGAAACUCUUGCAUCUAGAACGACAUUGAUUGCUUUCAUGUACAUGCAGUUGUAGUAUGAAUGUAUGAUUAUUAAUCAAUCAUUUUAGUGAAGCAGCAUUUCAAUUGAUUGGAUUUCCUUGAUCAGUUGAAAA